GUGGAAGCGGGAAAUGGCGGCACUCGCCCUGCAGGCCUCAGUUCCUCAGUCUCAACCACUCAUUCAUUUCCCUUCAUUUUCCCUUUCAACUCUCUCUCAAGGUUCCAACAGGAGGAAUUUGCUCUUCUGUGCUCCAUCCGAAAUCAACCAUGUUCGGUCAGAGGUGUCGCUGUGUGUUGGAACUCAUCUCAUUCCACACCCCAAGAAGGCACUCACGGGAGGGGAGGAUGCUUACUUUGUGAGUAACCACUCUGGAGGAGUUAUUGCUGUUGCUGAUGGUGUCUCUGGUUGGGCUGAGGAAGAUGUGGAUCCCUCGUUAUUUCCUCGAGAGUUCUUGGCUAACGCUUCACAUUUGGUGGGGAAUGACGACGAGGUUAAUAAUGAUCCUCGGAUUCUUCUGAGGAAGGCACAUUCUGCUACCUCUGCAACUGGUUCAGCUACAGUAAUUGUUGCAAUGAUGGAGAGGAAUGGCAUGCUGAAAGUUGCUAAUGUUGGAGAUUGUGGACUAAAGAUCAUUCGUACAGGUCAAAUUAUAUUUUCCACGUCUCCACAAGAGCAUUAUUUUGACUGCCCGUAUCAACUAAGCUCAGAACGGGUUGGCCAGACAUUCCUUGAUGCCACGGUUAGCAAUGUGGAACUAAUGGAGGGAGACAUUCUAGUAAUGGGCUCGGAUGGGCUUUUUGAUAAUGUUUUUGAUCAUGAGAUUCUUGCAACAGCAACCAAAAAUGUUGAUGUUGUUGAGGCUGCUAAGGCGUUGGCUAACCUUGCAAGUAGUCAUUCGGCAGAUAAAAUGUUCGAGUCGCCGUACUCGUUGGAGGCUAGAUCUAAGGGUUAUGAUGUUCCUUUCUGGAAAAAAAUACUGGGAAUGAAGCUUACAGGUGGAAAACUUGAUGAUAUCACUGUUGUAGUUGGCCAGGUUGUGAGCAUAUGAUCCUGUGCGUAUCAUUGUCGUAGGCCAGAUUACACAUGUAUUAUUUAUCAAGAUGGUACAAUCCUUUACAGUGAAGAGAAGAGGCGGUAGAUUCAACACAUUAUAGUACAGUCAGAACACAACACUAUGGGGUGUGAGCUUUGGGUUGAGAAUUCCAAGUAU